CCCCCUUCUCCUUUCUCUCUCUAAAAACCCCCAAACCCUCGCCCCCCUUGUUUCUCUCUCCUCCUUUGCGCGCCCGCACUUCGUGGCUGCUGCUGAUACACACCUACCGCUGUUCCUCCUCCUCCUCGCUAGGGUUUCCCCAGAGGAUCUAUCGAUCGCGCCAUGGCUGCUGCAGUUGCUCCCACCGCAGAUCAAACUUCAGAACUUCUGCAAUCGUUGUCUUUGGAUACUCAGACCAAAGCAUUGGAAAUUCCUGAGCCAACCAAGAAGGUGUCGGUUGAUUCAACCCAUGCUGCUAAUGGUCAGAUCCAGCCGGCUGAUCGGUCCUUGACUCCCUUGAUACCAGAUUUCAUGGAUCCAACUCUGUGCUAUCUUCCUAAUGGUUAUCCAUACUAUUAUGGAGGAUAUGAUGGGACAGGCAGUGAGUGGGAGGGCUACCCUAGAUAUGUGAAUGCAGAAGGAGUUGAGAUGCCUGGAGUGUAUGGGGACAAUAGUUCACUUGUGUAUCAGCACGGGUAUGGUUACACUCCAUAUGGCCCUUAUUCACCUGCUACUUCCCCAGUGCCAACUGUGGGACAUGAUGGUCAGUUAUAUAGUGCUCAACACUACCAGUAUCCUACACCAUAUUUCCAACCUUUGACGAGUGGUCCAUACCCUACUCCUGCUGCCCCUGCCAAAGGUGAGAUACCAAUAUCUGCUGCUGCUGCUGAUCAAGCAACUUUGACUGUGGAUUCUGCUAAUGCUAAUUCUAAUGGCAAUGCAAAUGCUGGGGGCAUAAAGGGAAAUAUUGGAUCGGCUCCUUUGAGGCCUGCAUAUCAGAACUCUUCCUUCAAUAUGAAUGGGUCAUAUGGCAGAGGUACCAUGCCUGGGGGCGUUGCUUCAGGGUAUCAGGAUCCAAGAUUUGCUUUUGAUGGGCUACAGUCUCCUCUACCAUGGCUAGAUACUACAUUUUCUGAUGGACAUUCUAGGGCCGUGAAUAGCAAUUCUUUUACUCCAUCAAACAGAAGUGGCAUUCCAUCUUCAAGGAACCAAAAUUCUCGUCAGAUGGGACUGCAACAUCCAAGGCCCUUGUCUGGUACCAACACAAACUACACAACUAAUGGAUAUAUGAAUAGAAUGUAUCCAAACAAUUACUACGGUCAGUAUGGUAACACCUUUGGAUCUGGCUUAGUGUAUGGAUCAAGUGGUUACAAUUCACGUACAAAUAAUCGUGGAUGGUUGGCUGCUGACAACAAGUUCAAACCUAGGGGCAGAGGGGGUGGUUACUAUGGUUUUGACAAUGAGAACUUGGAUGGUUUGAAUGAGUUGAACAGGGGGCCAAGAGCCAAAGGUUCCAAAAAUCAGAAGGGUUUUGCACCGGUUGCUCUGGCAGUUAAAGGGCAACAGAUUCCGUUGACUGCAACGAAUGAUAAUGAGAAAGAAAACUCUAGCCUGGUUCCAGAUAGAGAACAGUACAAUCGAUCAGAUUUUCCCGAGACUUACUCUGAUGCAAAGUUUUUCGUUAUCAAGUCUUACAGUGAGGAUGAUGUCCACAAAAGUGUCAAAUAUAAUGUGUGGUCCAGCACACCAAAUGGUAACAAGAAGCUUGACGAAGCUUAUAAGGAGGCUCAACUGAAGUCUUCUGGCUGCCCUGUUUUCCUUUUCUUCUCGGUAAAUACCAGUGGACAAUUUGUUGGUGUUGCUGAGAUGGUUGGUCCUGUUGAUUUCAACAAAAAGGUUGAAUAUUGGCAACAAGACAAGUGGAUUGGUUGUUUCCCUGUAAAGUGGCACAUUGUAAAGGAUGUCCCUAACAGCUUGUUGAAGCACAUUACUCUAGAAAACAAUGAGAACAAGCCUGUGACAAACAGCAGGGACACUCAAGAGGUUAAAUUGGAGCAGGGCCUACAAAUGAUCAAGAUAUUCAAGGACCACACAAGCAAGCAGUGUAUCCUUGAUGAUUUCGAGUUCUAUGAGGAUCGUCAGAAAAGAAUUCAGGACAAAAAGGCCAAGCAACAGCUGUUCCUGAAGCAGGCGACCGAGAUAAAAGCAGCUGAGGAGAAGAAGAAAGAAGCUACCAAUGGGGAACUCAAGUCUCAAAUACCAGCGGAAGUUGCCUGUGAAGCUAUCAAGAAAGCAACUCCUAUUGCUCAGAGUAAUGGGGAUAUCAAGCCGUCAGAGAGUGGUUCAGUUGCAAAUUCUGGGGAUCUUCCUAGCACUGCUAAAGUUACACCAUCAGAGAGUAAAUCCAUAGCAAAUGGGGUUGCAAAUGGUUCUUAGCUCCAUUUACUAAUGCUACAAGGGUUGACCGUGGUUCAUAGUUCGUUUAUGAAGAUCCUUAUACCCUUUUUGGUCACCCCGCUUAACCGGUCUAUGCUGCUUCUGGAAUACUUGGUUUAAACUGAUGUCCCUACUUGGGCACAUAUUUUAUCGCAGCAACUCAACCUUUCAUGAUACUGCAAGCAAUGGGAAAGACAUGAAACCCGGGUUUUCCUGAUGAUGGUUUUGCUUAGCUUCUAACAGGUGUUCGGUCAUAGGGUUUGGGUUUAGAGUUACUUUUUCUUUUUCUUUUUCUUUUGUUAUUUUUCUGGUUGCUGUUAUGUUCCAUUUUAUCUUUUCUGGA